AGCUAAAGGCGCCAGCAGGUGUGUGUGUAAGCACCGUGGGUGUAUAACCUGUGUGUGAUGACAUAAUGCAUGCGUGACUUAAUGUGUUUAGAGAAUUUGAGGCGCCCUAAACGCCCAGCAGAUUGCAAAUGUUUCAUUUUUUUUUUUUAGCAAAAGCUUAUAGAAAGACACAGCUUGUAACUUCUAAACAGGCUUGCGGUCUUUGCAGGCAGGACAAGGUGACAUCACUGGCAACGUGAUUACCCACUCGAGGAUCGCUUAAUAGCUUGUAAACAUGACAGAGAAGGAGAAGUGAACAGUCUGCACCCGGAUGCAUGCAAUCACCCACCGGGUUGCGCUACCUUUUGGGUCGCAGCUGGAGGACGAAGCGGUGAGGCUCCAGUUCAGCUGCCAUGUGAGGGUUAAGGUUAAAAGGAGGCGCAUUAGCUGUCAACACACAUGGACAGGAGACAACGUGGGGAGUGCACCAUUCAUCCUCAUUUUCAGUCACACGCGCUCAUCCUACCACCUCAGUCUGGACAUUGACUGAGCCCCGCUGUCUUCACCUUCCUGCACCCGAGCUAUUUUUGCGUGUCAUGAUUAAGACGCACGACGCUUAAUAUGGGACCUUAAAGUGUUUGCGCGCGCGUGUGGUGGUGCCACAUGCGAGCAGAGAGGGAGAGAGAGAAAGAGAGAGAGGGAUGCAGAGCAUGACCGAGCAUCAACACUCAGUCUAUGUUCUGUUUCCCCCCUCCAAGCUUCCCUCUGUUUCUGCAGUCGAUCCCGGCCGCUGUUAAUUAAGACGAAUGCGCGACGCCGAUCCGCAUAUGAUGAGCGGAGCGCCUGGAUUUCUGCACACGAGGAGAAAACUGCGGUCUGUAACAUUGACGGUACCCGCAUUGCAUCACGGACACGACACCCGGUACCCCGCUGUCUCCCUCCCACCUCAGCAGGCGCAGAUGAGGAGGCUGUAGCAUCUUAUCAUAGAGUUUCUUUGACUUGUGCAGCCGCGCUCUCAGGCGGCCGGCUGCUGUUGCUCAUGGUCUCCAGAUUCAGCCAACAGCUGGCUGCUCCUCUGUGCGCCGUUCUGAAGGCGCAAAGCCGGUAAUUACGCGCGGUGCUGACAACUUUGGCGCGGCGCUGUAUGGAAUGCGCACCAGCAACAGGCCAUUCUCUGGGAUCUACUGAGAUUUCCCUUCCUGGGAGUAAAGUGCGAUUUUCGGGAGUCAUCUGCAAUCAGAUCGCCUCAUCGACUGAGUGAGCGCUACAACCUGUGGCUGUGCGCCACUUUAUUUCUGUCAAAAUCCUGCUAAGGCGCAAUGGAAGGACAGAGCUGACGGUUUUGAAUACGUAGCCCGGAGAGCAGGGGGGAAAAAGGGAGAGAGGAAGACAGCAGCCCAGGGAAAAAACAUGUAUGGGCGGUACACCCAGGAGCUGGGGGUGUUUGCCAAGGAGGAGGCGGCGCGCCUACGUGAUGGAGGGGUGCGGGAUGGCGGUGGCAUGAGGAGGAACGCCAGCGUUCGUAGUCGUGCUGAUCUUCUGGAAUAUGAGAAGGACCCUUGUGCAAAGUGCCAGUUGUGUGCAUCUCGCUGCCAGAAGUUCUUGAUCUCACGGGUGGGGGAGGACUGGAUCUUCCUCAUUCUGCUGGGGCUACUCAUGGCUCUGGUCAGCUGGGUGAUGGACUAUGCCAUCGCCUUCUGUCAAGAAGCACAGAAGUGGAUGUACGGUGGACUGGACAGUAACUUGCUUCUGCAGUACAUUGCCUGGAUCAGCUACCCUGUAGUCCUCAUUACUUUCUCUGCAGGAUUCACACAGAUACUUGCGCCUCAGGCUGUGGGUUCAGGUAUUCCAGAGAUGAAGACCAUACUCAGGGGGGUGGUUCUGAAGGAGUAUCUGACUUUUAAGACCUUUGUUGCCAAAGUGAUUGGUCUGACCUGCGCGCUGGGUAGUGGAAUGCCUCUGGGGAAGGAGGGACCCUUCGUUCAUGUUGCCAGUCUGUGCGCCGCUCUCCUGAGCAAAUUUAUGGCUGCUGUUUUUGGUGGGAUUUACAAGGAAGAGCCCUUUGAAGGAAGCAAGAAUGAGUUGAGGAACACGGAGAUGCUGUCGGCUGCCUGUGCGGUGGGUGUGGGCUGCUGCUUUGCUGCUCCUAUUGGAGGGGUGCUGUUCAGUAUUGAGGUCACGUCAACAUUUUUUGCUGUGAGGAACUACUGGAGGGGCUUCUUCGCUGCCACCUUCAGCGCCUUCAUAUUCAGAGUGCUUGCUGUCUGGAAUCAGGAGGAAGAGACCAUCACUGCUCUCUUUAAGACCCGUUUCCGUCUGGACUUCCCGUUUGACCUUCAGGAGCUGCCAGCCUUUGCCAUACUGGGGAUUGCGUGUGGUUUUGGGGGAGCUCUGUUUGUCUACCUGAACCGGCUGAUAGUCGAGUGCAUGAGGAAGCAGAAGACAAUUAACAAGUUCUUGCUGAGGAAUCCAUCUCUUCCUGUCAGGCGUCUGGUGUAUCCUGCGCUUGUCACCCUGCUGAUCUCCACACUCACGUUCCCUCCGGGCUUCGGACAGUUCAUGGCUGGACAGCUGACGCAGCACGAGUCUCUAGUGGCGCUGUUUGACAAUCGGACAUGGUGCCGUCAGGGUGUGGCGGAGGAGUUUGACUACAUCAGCCACCACCAUGCCUGGAAACACCCCCAGGUCAACGUCUUCAUCACGCUUAUCCUCUUCACUGUUAUGAAGUUCUGGAUGUCUGCUGUGGCCACCACCAUGCCCGUUCCAUGCGGAGCCUUCAUGCCUGUUUUUCUUAUUGGUGCAGCCUUUGGCAGACUUGUUGGUGAGAUCAUGGCAACAAUGUUUCCUGAUGGUAUACAUGCUGCAGGCAGCGUGUAUCCCAUAGUUCCUGGUGGUUAUGCUGUAGUUGGUGCUGCUGCUCUGUCUGGAGCGGUCACCCACACUGUAUCCACAGCGGUCAUAGUGUUCGAGCUGACCGGUCAGAUCUCACACAUCCUGCCUGUGAUGAUCGCUGUGAUCCUGGCCAACGCCGUGGCCCAGGCGCUCCAACCAUCGCUGUACGACUCCAUCAUUCGCAUCAAGAAGCUCCCUUAUCUGCCUGAGCUGGGGAUGGGACAUCAUGAGAAGUAUAAUAUCCGUGUGGAGGACAUCAUGGUCAGAGAUGUGCGCUACAUCACUCUUAACUCUUCCUAUCGGGAUCUGCAAGAGAUGUUAAUGACAGGUCAGCUCAAAACGCUGGCCCUGGUUGAAUCCAGAGACUCCAUGAUCCUGCUGGGCUCCAUAGAGCGUUUGCAGCUCCAGUCGCUGCUUUCGCUUCAGCUGUCACGCCAGAGGAGGCUGGAGUACCUCCGCCAGCUGGCGCAGGACAACGGCACGCACGAUCACCUGCCCAGUCUUACCAGUGACAGCACCCCCAGCUCUCCCUGCACCCACACCCACCUCAACUCCUCGACCAAUUCCAGUGCUCGCCAAGCGGUCCGCUUCUUGGUGAGCACUCAACAGAUCUCCACAGAGGAGUCUUCAUCCUUCAGCCCAGUGGUUUCCAAUGUUCAGCUUCCUCUGAAAUCUGCCCUGAAAACCGUGUCUGCCAUCAGUGACACAGAGACGCCAAACAGCUCUCAGACCCUUUCCUGUGCUGACCAAGACAAGGAGCUGCUGGAGAGCCCGGCUGGGCCGGCUCCUUCUGAAAAAAGAAAGCCCAAGCCCAAACGUGUGAGGAUCUCCAUGGCGGACUCUACCGAGGUGGAAGACUGCAUGACCCCCUCAGAGAUAACAGAGUGGGAGGAGCAGCAGCUUGACGAACCGGUGGAUUUCAAGAACUGCAAGAUUGAUCCGGCACCCUUCCAGCUGGUGGAGCAAACAUCUCUGCAUAAGACUCACACCAUCUUCUCUCUCCUUGGUCUGGACCACGCCUAUGUGACCAGCAUGGGACGACUGGUUGGAGUGGUUUCUCUCAAAGAGCUGCGUAAGGCCAUCGAAGGCUCAGUGACGGUGACUGGAGUGAAAGUGCGCCCUCCGCUGGCCAGUUUCCGUGACAGUGGGAACACCACAAAUGUAUCCGAGGUAACUGAACUUCACAAGCUGUGCAUCCGCCACAGGGGGCUCUCUUUGCCACGGGAACCCAACCCUCCAAAUGUGGAGGAUCAGCCAGAUCUCCAGUACAAAGAGAUCCCUGUCAACUUUUCGGACGAAACAAACGUGCAGUUCGAAGCCAGCCCCGGCGACAUCACAAAUCCCUCGUCAGAGCUGCCGCUCCAGGAAAGCCCCUCGUUCACAGAGGAUCAGUCUGAGUUUACUUUUGACUGCAGCCCCUCCCACACCGAGGAAUCGGAGCUGGCCUGUGACUUUGACCCCUCCAACCAAACUCCCGAGCCAGACGAAAUGGAGCAAGAGGAGGCGCCUCCGUCUCUAAACAACAGCCAAUCCGAACCUGGGGGGGAGGGUAGCACAGGCCACACUGAGGAUCAGUCGGAAUGAUCAGAUCCACACUGUCGCCUCAUGAAUGUUGACGUUUCUUACAUUUGUUGGGGUCACACUCACCUCCAAGUCCAGCCUAGAUACUCGUGGUAUGACAGUGAGCGAGUGCUUGAAAGAUAUAUGAGGGAUAAAGCUGGUUUUGUUUUAUGUUUUUAAUGCUGACAGCUAAUCUCCUGGAAGGACCAAAAGUAGCACUUUCUGACCAAAAGAGUCAAUAUUUACAGGGUAUAAAAUUCAAAUAUCAGGAUUUUUGGUUUUAAAAUGUUGCUCUGCUACGCCUGCGGAAGACAAUGAAGUUGAAUCCACAAUUUGUAGACUGGUUUCUCCAUCCAUACAAACAUACAAACAUACAUACAUGUGAAACCAAGAACACAGCACUCAGUAACAGAUUGGUGCCCGUGAGCAUACCCUGAAUAAUCUCCGUUCCGAGCUAAUAACGACCAUAUUUUACAAAAAGAGUCUCAUAUUAUAUUAUAGAUAAUCUGUAGCUAGCAAUUGACUCAAAGAGUCAUCAGAAACUUUGGGAAAGGGUCACUUUCACAUAGACUAUACACUAUACUACACUAUUCUGGUGGUCUUGCUGCCACUAGAGGAGUCGCCCCCUGCUGGCCUUCAUAAAGAAUGCCAAGUCUGAUUAGAGGGCUCAGGGGGUUGGAAUGAAAGGGCUCUUUGUAGUCUUUUCUGCUGUGUUAAGCUGGAUUCAUGGUCCAGUAGCAUUGGCUUUAAUUUUUCUCCCCUUCUUGUUCUUCUUUUCUUUAUUUCAGCUCCUUUUUGUUAGAUGCCAGCUGCUGGACAAAGAGUUUAUACACAUACGUGCAUCCAGCUGUCAACUUGCAGCUGGUUGUAGUUGGAGAUGAUGAGUUUGACCUCCUCAUCUUCCUCUCUUGCCUCUCUCUAGCUCCUCUUUCACUCCUCCAGUUCUUUUAAUCAGUGUUUCUCUUCUCCUCCUUUUUUACCUCCUUCAUAAACCAUGACGGCUUGCCGCCUCCUCUUUGAAGCUCACUUCUAGAGCAUCACAAGUGUUUAUCUGGGGUUGUCUACUCCUUCUCAGCUCCUUGUCUAAUUGAUUGUGGUCAAGGGUCUAAGCAAGAGCUUUACUGAGUUUGUACUUGUUUUUUCUUUUUCGUGCUUUAAAAGAGCUCAACUUAUUUGAGCUCUUCUCUGAGUCGUCUCACUUGCUGCUUUUGCCCAUCUUCCACAAGGCCAGUCUGCUCCUUUUGAGAUCUGUUUCCCUCCUUGAGACACUUUAUCUCUAUGAUGGCAGAGCAGAGGCCAUCUCUCAGUCCCUGCACAGCUGAGUUUUGAGGGGAGUUGGUCAGUGUGCUAUUUCACACUGAAGCUGCUCUCUUUAAACUGCAUUAGCCCAAAUCCCUUAAAGAUUCAAACAUACUUAUCAUUAAAGUCCAGGCACACAAACAUUAAAAUGGCAAUAUGCCAAUAGGAUCCUUUUUCUCAUCUUAUUUUAUUGCACAAAGUACAAUGAAGACAAGGAUGAAAUCACAGAAAAAAAAAAGAUUUAGGAAGGUUUGUGGGAAAAAAAAAACGUGAAAAAGGGGGGUGAGUCUCAUCUGUGACUGCUGCUUUUGCACUUCCCUUUAGGGCUGAACAUUUCCUUUUUUUUGUCUGUUUUGUUGGUUUGAGGCAACAACACUUGGUUUAUGCUAAAAGCAAACAAAGAAAACAACAACUUUGGAUUAAAAUACACAAUUUACAAAAAUACAAUGAUGCUUAAGGGAUACAGAGUGCUUUCACAUGUAAUGCCUCAGCGUCAGUACAUGUGACUGUAGGGAAGAGUAGGGACUAAGGUUGUUCUCUAUGGACAGCCCUCAUUACAGUAAAAGUCAUCAGGGAGCAAAAAUGUACUUUAUUUAUUCAUUUAUUUUAGCUAUGGCAUCACAUCUGUCACCCGCCUGUCUGUCCAUCCUCAGGUCAUAGGAAUCGCUCCGACGACGACAGUAUUAGUCAGAUUUUGUUUCAUUUAACUCUGAUCGAGAAUGCUACUUUUGCAGCAAGUUGGUUCAUGAAGUUUCUUCCUUCCUGGAUAUUACACAAUCAACUGUAAGUGGGUUUUAUUGCAAAGUGGAAGUGUUUAGCAACCACAGGAACUCGGUCCCAAAGUGUCAGAGUGAGGUCAAAGAGCUCCAGUCCUCCUCUAGCAUUAACAUUUUUCAAUUCAAUUCAAAUUUAUAUAGCACAAAAUCACAACA